AUGGGCGCGCCCGCCCCCUCCGCCUCGCCGUACUGCGUCCAAGAGCGGCGCCGCCCAAACCGCGCGGCGGGGCGCUCCGACCGCCUCCCAGCCCUCUUCUGCCUGAGUGGAGCAGCACAAUCCAUCCUUGUCCUCAGUGGGUCCAAAGAGGCAAAGGUCUCUGCCGGUGUCAGGGUGCGACGCAGUUCGCAGUUCGCCCAGCAGCAUCCCCAGCGACGCAGCCACAGGCUCGCUGGCAGGAUGGCAUGGCGCUCGCUGGUGCUGCUCCCCUUCCUCCUGGCAGCAGUUUCAGGCAACACAGCCCCUAUCUUCAGCAUGACCUUGGUCUACGUGCCCGAGGACCUGGAGCUGGGCCAGCAGGCUUUCCAGCUGACAGCUACUGACCUGGACGGCGACCCGCUCACCUACAGUAUCAGUGGGACGGAGGCCUUCUACUUCUCUGUUGAUGCCCAGACAGGCAACGUGACUCUGAGGAACACUCUGGACCGUGAGCUCCUGCCCAGGUUCACCAUCACGGUUGGGGUGUCUGACGGGACGAACGCAGAGAUCUCCAGAAAGCUCACGGUCAUCGUGGAGGACCGUAACGACAACGCUCCAGUUUUCCAGCGCCUGCCGUAUGAAACCUCCAUCCCUGAGAACACGCCACUCGACAGCAUCAUCUACACCGUGUUUGCCAAUGACAGUGACACCGGGAAUGCCUCCAAAGUCAGCUACAGCAUCGAGGAGGUGAUCCCAGACAGCACGAAGAAUCACUGGCUCUUCUACAUCCUGUCCAACGGGAGCGUGGUGCUCAAUGGCUCACUGGACUAUGCCAAGAACACCUUCUACCAGAUCAAGAUUCUCGCCAAGGAUGGUGGAGGGUUGCUGCACAACGUGUUGACCUUCCAGCAGAGCUCGACCUAUUUGUCCCUUACCAUCCGUGAUGUGCCCGACCUGGACCCACGGUUCCUCAGUGAGCCCUACUCCGGCUCUGUGCCUGAGAAUUGCGACAUGGGCACCACUGUGCUGACUGUCACUGCCAUAGACAGAGACACGGGAGUGAAUGAUGAAAUCUCCUACAACAUCACCAAUACCAGCAUCCCCUUUGUUAUCGACGCCACGACGGGCACCAUCACUGUGAGUGGGCCCCUGGACCGUGAGGAGCUGCCAAGCGAGGAAGUGCUGCUGGAAGUUACGGCACGUGAGGCAAACUUGGACAUCAACGGCAAGAUCGCCCAGGCCAGCACUCUGGUGACUAUUGUGGUGACCGAUGUCAAUGACAACAAGCCCCAGUUCUACCACUGUUCCCUCUCCAGCUGCAACUUCUCCACCAGUGCCCAGGACAACUUCAGGGGCAACAUCAUAGAGCACUCCUCCUCCAGACUGCCCGUGUCCAACCUCAGCAUCGUUGCCCAUGACCCGGACAAGGGCAUCAACAGCAGUUACGAGCUGUACCUGCAGGGUCCAAAUGCUAGCGCCUUCAUUGUCUCCCCGACAAAGAUCGUGGGCACAGGGGAGGUCCAGCUCCUGGUGCAAGACCCAUCCGCCGUGGACUAUGAGAUAAGCCAUGUCAUGGUGGUACAGAUCAUUGCUAAUGACACAGGGAACCCCACAGACUGCUGCUCCACAGCCACCGUGACCAUUGACCUCAUUGACAGCAACGACCACAUACCUGAGUUCCCCCAGAGCACCUACAACCUCAACGUGAUGGAGAAUUGCCCUGAUGGCACUGUCAUCUCCUCAAACAUUACGGCCUACGAUCCGGACAGCGGUGUCCUGGGCCAGAUCACCUACCAGCUGCUCCCGGAGAGCAUCCGUCAAAUCUUCACGGUGAACGCCACAACCGGGGCAGUGCUGGUGCAGAAUGGGAGCUUGCUGGACCGGGAGACUCGCUCCAUCUACUAUGCCAACCUCCAGGCCAAGGAUGGGGGCAACCUGGUGGGCUCUACAGUGCUGGAGAUCACCGUGCUGGACGACAAUGACAUGGCACCCGUGGUCAUCGGCUCCUACUUCAUCUCAGUGGAAGAGGGGCAGAAUGUCACAACGCAGAUCCUGGCCAUCGACAACGACGAGCCUGACAACCCCAACAGCGAGUUGGGCUUCAAGAUCUUGCCAGGACUGUUCAGUGACAACUUCACCAUCGACGCGAUCACGGGUGUUUUGCACAGCAAGGAGCCGCUGGACCGCGAGGCCUUGGAAAAUGCACGGGGGCAGAUGGUGGUGACGGUGCAGGUGUACGACCAUGGCGUGCCACAGCAGAGCACCUUGGACGUGAAUGAUAACGCACCUGUGUUCCUCAACCAGUCCUAUGAGUUCUCAGUCUUUGAAGACUCUCCAGGGUCCUUUGUAGGUGAAGUGGAGGCCACAGAUGCCGAUCGGACGGAGAUCAAUUACCGCAUUUCCUUCCAACUUCAGAGGAGCAGUGGCUCCAGCAAUUUCUUGAUCCGCUCAUCCUCCCUGGGGACAGGGUACUACAGUGGACAGCUGUCUGUGGACCCUGACGUGUCCCUGGACUAUGACACCCUGCAGCAGAAGUUCUUCUCCUUGGUGGUGCUGGCAGAGAACACAGCCGCAGAUAACAUGGGGGACACUGCCAAUGUCUCGGUGGUGGUCCACAUCCUAGACAUCAACGAUGAGCCCCCCACCAUCCUGCCGGCCUCGCUGCAGGAUGUGGAAGUGAGCGAGAAUGGCACGCAGCAGGGUCUGGUCCGCACACUGGUCGCCUCCGACUCAGACACCAAUCACUCGCUGGUCUUCGAGGAGCUGGCGGGGGGACCAGCCAGUGCUGGGGAGGUGUGCUUGGACUGGUUUGUGCUGACACCCAAUGGCUCGGUGCUGGUGAACAGCUUGGACAUUGACUACGAACUGUGCGACGGGGUGGUGCUCACGCUGCGGGCUGAAGAUCUGUACACUGAGAAGGGCAACCGCUACAGCCAGAACGAAACCCUGAGGAUCAUCAUCACUGAUGUGAACGACAACACGCCACUCUUCUUGCCCAUCUCGGAGACCUUUGUGAUUGUCCCCGAAAUCUCUCCUGUGGACCUGCAAGUGGCAACCGUGAAGGCCACGGACGCUGACUCGGGGCUGAGGGGAACCAUCACCUUCUCGAUUGUGAGUGUCGUGCUCGUGGAGGACAGUGGGGCCAGCCGGGCCUUCGAGAACCUCUUCAAGGUGGUGACAACACUUGGGCAGGACAGCUACGUCGGGAGCAUCCAGGUAGCCAGCAGCCUCGAUGGCUCGCUGAAGGGGCAGUACCAGGUGACAGUGGAGGCUCAGGAUGGCGAGGCACCAGUCCACACAGCACAGACCGUGCUAAAAAUCUUCACGGUGGAUCAGAGCUACCGUGUUCGCCUCCAGUUUGUGACAACAGUGGAAGAAGUCCAGAGUAACGCUGAAAAUAUCAAAGUGGCCCUGACCACCGCAACCAAGGCAGGAGUCUAUGUGGUGGCCAUCCAGAGCAUGGAGGACACCCGUGCCUCCCAGGUGGAAACCAAGUCAGUGAUGGAGGCGUACUUCGUCUACAGCAAUGGCACUGCCCUGGACGUCAACCAGCUGAGUGUGCUCAUACAGUCUGACCCACUGAUCCUGGCUGAGCUGGUGAACUUGGGCCUGGCCAUCAUCGGACCCGGGGAGGUGGUGUCUUCCACCAAUGAGACACAGCUGAUUGGCGUCAUCACAGGGCUGGCAGCAUCCCUGCUUGUCUUCAUCCUUGUCGCGACCCUGGCCUUAGUUCUCACCACCAAGAGACUUUGCAACUACAAGAGGAAGUUGAGUGCAAUGAAGGCUCUGAAGGUGGCCACGACAUUCAGCCCUGCCAUGGUGCAGCAGGGAGCUGGCAUUCCCGGGACCAACCAGUACAAUGCAGAGGGGGCACGGGGCCGUCACCCUGCGGCCCUGCUCCACCAGUGCCUGGGCCCUCUUCUACCCCCACCUUCCACUCUCCACAGCAUGAAUUCCCUGGAUGAAAAUACAGUAGAUGCACCUGGGGACGACAGCCUCAAGGCCAAGCAGGGCAAAGCACAGCUGAUGGACCCCACUGACAAGGAGGUGCUGGCAGCCGCCCUGGACCUGAAGCAGCCCACCAAAACAGCGUACCUCAACAGCACCUUCACCACCACGGAUUUGUGA